CCGGAAGUUCCUUUAGACGCUUCCGGGCAGGCCGCGCGUCGACUCCUCGUGCUUACUCCGAGAACGGUUCGGUUCCUGCCGGCGGCAGAGCGUGUGUUGGCGGAGGCGUCAUGGGGCGGCGUGGGAAGAGCCAGCACCAGAAGCGCGCCCGCGCGGCGGCCCAGCUCCGCGCGCAGGAGGCGUACGCGUCCGCCCCGCACUCCUUCGUGUUCGCGCGCGGCCCCGCGGGCCCCGGCGUCCGCCAGCUCAGCCUGGAUGUGCGGCGAGUCAUGGAGCCCUACACGGCCAGCUCCCUGCAGGUUCGACGGCGAAAUUCCCUUAAGGAUUGUGUGGCUGUGGCUGGCCCUCUCGGGGUCUCUCACUUCCUCAUUUUCAGCAAAACCGAGAAGAACGUGACAUUUAGGCUGAUCCGGCUUCCUGGGGGCCCCACGCUGACCUUCCGGGUCACUAAGUACUCCUUGGUGCGCGAUGUGGUCUCCUCCCUGCGGCGCCACCGGAUGCACGAGCAGCAGUUCUCACACCCCCCGCUCCUGGUGCUCAACGGCUUCGGUCCCCAUGGCCUGCAUGUGAAGCUCACCGCCUCCGUGUUCCAGAACAUGUUUCCCUCCAUCAACGUGCACAAGGUGAACUUGAACUGCGUGAAGCGCUGCCUUCUCCUCAGCUACGACCCCGACACCCAGGAGCUGCAGUUCCGACACUACAGCCUGAAGGUUGUCCCCGUGGGGGCCAGUCGGGGGAUGAAGAAGCUUUUACAGGAGAAGUUCCCAAACAUGAGUCGCUUGGAGGAUGUCAGCGAACUGCUCGCCACGGGCGCAGGGCUGUCGGAGAGCGAGGCGGAGCCGGAUGGGGAGCACAAUGUGACAGAGCUGCCCCAGGCUUACGCCGGCCGUGGCAACAUGAAGGCAGAGCAGAGCGCUGUUCGGCUUACCGAGAUUGGCCCCAGGAUAACCAUGCAGCUCAUCAAGAUCCAGGAAGGCGUCGGGGAAGGGAAUGUCCUCUACCACAGCCUUGUGCACAAAUCUGAGGAGGAGCUGAAGGCCACCCUGGCCACCAGAGAGCAGAAGCUUCUGCUGAAGGCUGAGCGUCGGGGCAAGCAGGAGCAGGACAUAAAGCGGAAGAAGGAGCAGCGGGAGGCGCACCGGAAACGCAGCUUGGAGGGUAUGGGCCGGCUCACAGCCUCAGGGCUGGACAAGGGCGAUGGGGACAGUGGUGCAGAAGACCCCGGGCAGUCCGAAGCAGCAGCCCAGGGGUCUGAGGAGGAAGACGAGGCUGAGUAUUUUCGCCAAGCAGUGGGUGAAGAGCCAGAUGAGGACAUGUUCCCAAAGGUGAAACGACGGCGAUCCAGCAAGUCCCCCGGACAGCCAACCUCUAGUGACCAGAGCCCGGGGAGGGGCAGAGGUCAGCAUCCCAAGAAGAGGUUCCGAACAGCCAAAGGCAAACAGCCCAAAGGAGCCAUAGCCCGACACUUUCCUCGGGGGCAAUUCCUGGGCCGAGCUUUGGCCUCUAAGAGGCCCCACCACAAGUCCUCAGGGGCAGCCAGAGCCUGAGACUCGCCUCAAGGAUGAACUGAGGCCCGUUUUCUCUCUUCUGGGGAGGGAAUGAAUACAUUGAAUCCUGUGGCUUCUAAGAAUGAGGGAAUCCUUCCUUCUACCCUCCAUGCUACUUCAAUGUAGUCUGUAAGGUCUCCCUGGGUAUGAGGAAGAGAAGUUGAAGUAAAGUCUGGUUUCCUGUCUUCCAUUGAUCGUGGGGGAGGGGAGUUACUUGACUGAACAUCAUCAUGAGACAUCACUGACAUAGAUUGUGUCCUAGUUAAAAGUUUUAUUGCGGGGAGAGAGGGAGCUGUUCAAGAGUUGACCUCCAGGGAUGAAGCAGUUUGUACCCCAGGGUACAGUGUAGAACACCCCCCACCCCAACCAAGUGGUUGCAAGUAUUUGCUAACCUGACUGACCCAAAGGGCAGUACACAACUAAUGGGGAGUGGGUUUUGUCUAAUGGCCUUUGAACCAGCAGGGGGAGAUUGGGGAAUCCAGAAUAGUUCCCAUUUACCUUGUUUCUUGCCUGGAAUAUGUUAGGGCUCACAAAGUGGUCUUGGCUGGCAAGGAGUUUAAAUGUAAAUGCUUUUACAUCCCCAAUAAAGAAGCAGUCACUGUU